UCUGGGUUCACACCAGCGGCGCUUUUGCUGCCGGGGAACGGAACAUUGACCCCGGGACGGAGCGAGAGCCGCUGGAUGGAGGGGAAGGGGGAGGAGUAGGUGCCGUCACAAAGCCACCGGACAACGCGUGGCCCGUCACCAGGGUGACGGUGGAUCGAAAGAACCCCCCUCUCCGUGGCAACCGGCGCCCUGGUUACCGGCGACUACAUAAAUAACGAGCGGCCUCCAACUGCAGAGAGCGGCGGCCGUCGUCGUGACCGGAGAGAAUUAUCUCUUUGUUUGGUGGAUGUGUAGCCAAUAGGCGGACAUGUUUAGACUCAUGCUCAAUUGCUGCAAUUGGGUGAAACGUCAACGAGAACCUGUCAGGAAAAUGACUCUCGUGCUGUUGGGUUUGGAUAAUUCCGGAAAAACAGCAACUCUAAAAGGGAUUUUGGGAGAAUCACCAACAGAUACAGAACCUACAAUUGGUUUUUCAAGAGCUGAUGUAAUGAAGGGCAAAUACGACAUCACCAUCUUUGACGUGGGAGGUGGGAAAAACAUCAGAAAGAUUUGGAAGAGCUAUUAUGCAGACGCCUUUGGAAUUAUUUUUGUUGUGGAUUCCAGUGACAUUCGGAGAAUGGCAGAAGUUAAAAAGGUUGUGGCUGAAGUAGUAAAUGAUCCUAGGAUUGCUGGCAAGCCCAUCCUAGUACUGGCAAACAAACAAGAUUGUAAAGAAGCUUUAGGGGAUGGUGAGAUCAUCGAAUACCUUUCAUUGAAUAAAGUGGUCAAUAAGAAUAAAUGCUACACCCAUAUUGAACAAUGUUGUGCCAUUGUGGGAGACCAAAUACGUAUGGACGAAGGUGUUAGGAGAGGUCUUUCUUGGCUUUUGAACAACAUAGUAAAGAACUAUGAUAGCCUAGUAGAACGGGUUACAAAAGACGUAAGUGAGCGGACUGUAUCGGAAGAAGCCGAGAGACGAGAACGUGCAGUGAGAGUACAAAAAAUACGCGAUGAGAGAGAAAAGGAAGAAUAUCUGGGACAACCUGCAAAUCAGGAAGAUAGUGAUGAACCCGAUCAAAGCAAAAACCCCUUUCAACCCAUAUCCAAAGUCAUUAACUUGAAUGAAGGGAAGAUAGCGAAGCAAAAAAGGAAGCAAAAAGUAAAGUCUGCUGAAGAUUAUGUAUCAGACAAUGAAGCAGAAAAGGAAUUGCCCAAGGCCAUUGAAAUACAUACUGGGGAUGGCUUACAAAACCUUCAGCAGAUGAAAUCAGAUGUGUCAGAAGAUGAAGAACAAUUAACUGAUGUGUUACGAGGAGAUAAGAAUCAACAGAAAUUAAAAUUACGUGGGCUCAAAAAAUUCAAGAAGAAGCACUUGAGGAGAAGGAAUAAGGUAGAACCAGUCAAAGUAAAUGAUGAACCUGACGAAUCAAUUUCACGCGUUGUGCAUGGUAAUUAAAAAUCCUUUUGCUCCGACAUAUCCAUAAGGAAACAGCAAUUAAGUAGUCAUCAAAAAGAACAAAUGGAUUUGAAUAGUGUGCUCAGAGUAAAUGAGAUAAUACCUUGCAAUUGGUGAAUAAAAUUAUAGUUUUAUGUAUUAAUAAGACUGGUCAAUCCAGCUUUACCUCUUCCUUUCCCAACCCCCCUCUUUUUAAAAAAACAAACAAAAAAAAAAAAACAACAUUAACCUGACUUCUGUUUGUAUCUAUCGAGUAAUGUUGGGUGGUUCAAAUUUAUGCAGACCAUGAAGAACUGCAGUUGCUUUGUGUCUUUGGACCAAUUAAUAAGGGUGAUAAGAUAGGGAGGGGGAAAAUUCAUUCCGAUUUCAAAAUCCUAUUUAAUGAUCUAUACUGGAAAGUGUACGUCAUGAAUACAUUCUCUACCGAUACAAUAGGAAGAAUUUGAAUACGAGUGAUUUAUGUGUUUGCAAAGAUUUAUAUAUAACUGUAGCUUAGCGGAGCUUUUUAUUUUAAGAAGCAAAUUUGUGCUGGGGUAGGGGUAAAGAAGGAAUGUAGCAUUCUACUGUCCAAAUGAAAGCUCGAGAGCUUUAAUAUUGAGAAGCAUCAUUUUGAAAGCCACUUUUCUAUGUUUCUCACAUUUAAUGAUUCAAUGGUAAUUUAUUGUCUCAUGUACCUAGGUAGAGUGAGAUUGAUUUUUUGCAUACAGUUCAGUAACAAUCUUGUUGUAAGUGGGGCACAAUCAUACUUAAGUACAAUAGUGUGAGGUUAGUAGAUCACAGUGAGGCAUUACAGAGAGUUGCCAUGUUUCCAGCGACAUCUUGUGCCCUUCAAGUUCGGAGUUAUUAAACAUGUGAGAGUCUUAACUUGGCCAUAAAGGCUCAUUGUCCAGGCGGUGGCAGUGGGUUGGAGUUGCAGGGGUCAGCCUGACCAAGCGAUGUGUCGAUGCCCUCCACCGUUGCUCCGCCGCUCCGUGCCAAUGCAGGCUGCAUCUGAUCCACACGCAUGGCCAUUUGGAGCGGCACCUGAUCUAAUUGAGCCCAGGCCUCCAGCGGCCCACUCUUGCCGACACAUCGAUCCGGAACACGUCGACCCGCGAACACGCCAUCCCUCGCCUCACACGACCACCACAUCUCAGCCUCCAUGCCCAAUGGCGCCUCCCAGGCAGCUGACCUUGGAACACCCGGAGCGCCUCCAAGUGCACGGGAGGUAGACGAGUUACUUCCAAAAUUCUCAGAGCUCCAAGACUUGAAGUUUGCUAUGAAUCUGAACUUGAACAUUGCAAUCCGCCAUUGCCACCGUUGCAAUCAAGCUCGAAAUUAACCUCUGAUACCUGGGUUACCAUCUAACUGUAUGGAUGUGAUAAGAAUAAUUUUAGAUAAAUGCACAUAGAAUUGAUAAGAAAAAAUCAAAUUGGAUAAGACUUUUUAGAUCUACCAUCAAUUUGGACAAGAAUUGACUAGUGCCCCAAAAUACAAACUUCUGUAUUCUGCAUUGGACGUCAUUGUAUCGAAACAGCAUUGUGUACAGAUAUAUUAGGUAUCUGGCAUAUUUUACAAUCUUGGUGAAUGGAACAGAUGUGAUGAUACACUAUGGAUACACAGACGUGAUGAUACCUUCUACAUGUGCCUAGAACACUUUAUAUCAUUUGAGUUUAAGGACACCCACUGAAACAUUAGUAACAUUAAUUUUUUUAUAUAGAACAAAGCGUUUUGAAGUCAUUUGAGCAAAAUGCCUUUUGACAAAUCUUUACAGAAAAUACAAUGUAGUCAGAUUAAUUUUGUUUUGAACUAUAACUGUGUCGAUUUGGUUAGGCAAGAUGCUCAAGUAGUCUUAAAUUUAUCUCUACUGGCUACUUUAAAUUUAAAAAAAAAGCAACAAUUAUUUACUACCUAAAGCACAAAGUUUAAAAAAUAAAAUAUAAAUAAUUUGCAUAAUUCCCUUAAACUGUUGAACUGCCCCUAUAACACGCAACUAAUCUCAGUUGUUGAUUGCUGUAACCCUUGUCUUCAAAGACUCUUCCCCGUCAAUUUGAAAAUGUAUCACAGUAAUGUUGAUUAAAGUUAAAAUAAUUAAUAAGCAUGCAGCUUUGACUUUCUGAGAUGAUAAACCUAUUUUUCAGGCGGACUCCUAAAGUAUUGUUUUAAACAACAUUUGGUUAAAUCAUUUGUAUAAUCUAUUCAGUCCCUUAAACUUGAACUGCCUCCGAAAAACCUCUCAACUGCUGCAAAAGUUAUCACAGUUUAUGACCGCGGUAACAUUGCAGCAUUUACCCCAGUUUUUGAUUUUUGAUAACACUGCCACAGUUAUCCCAGUUUUGGAUUACUGUAACUGCAAAAUUUGUCUCAUUUUUUUAUUUAUUGUGGUAACACUUGUCUUUAAAGAUUAUCAACCCCUUCAAUCAGCUAUAUUGAUUAAGUUGAAGUAAGAAUUAAUAUGGAUGUAACACCGACUUUCAGAUAUGAUUAAUCUGUUUUUGCAGUGGACACCUUUAUAAUUUGGGUAUGUCAGUAGUCAUUAAUGGUAUGUCAUAUUCAGGGUUUAUUUUCAUAAUUAAACUGUCCAUAAUAUUCCAUUGUUAUUUUAUUUUCUUGUUUGAAAAAAUCAUUACACAUUUGUCAAAAUGAUGUGCUGGAGGAACAGUCUCUGUCCCAAACAACAUUUGUAAAAAAA